AUGAAAUAUAAAGAUUUUCAAAAGCUCGUACUUUCAAAGUAUGAAAAUGGUGAUGGGCCGAGAAAGAUUUUUCGAGAUCUUAACGGUGCCAUUGGUCUUCGAACAAUCGAACGGUGGCGUCAAAGCAUUCGUGACACAGGUUGUAUCAAUCUAUCAAGAUCAUAUGGUCGUCCAAGAGCAAUUCGAACCAAAGCAUCCAUUCGAAGGGUCAAAAACCGAUUGAAGCGACGAAAACCAGCAUCCUCUCGAAAGAUAGCUCGUGAUUUGGGCAUUUCUCGAACAAGUGUUCAGCGAAUACUGAAAAAUGAUCUGAAACUCCUGGCUUACAAAAUACAAAAGUAA